GCUAACCAACCUCAUGACACGUUUACCAUAAAACCAAACAUGGUGUAGAGUUGCAGAGACAUUAGCCACAAAAGCCUUUGUGUUGGAAAUGAAAAUGCAAGGGAUAAUCUCCUAUGCAAUCUGUUAUCAAGCCCUUCUGCUCUUGCUUUUCCAAAUUCUAAGUUCCCAAUCUAGAACAAAUGCCACUCCUACUUUCACCGGAAAUGCAACCGAUCAUCUGGCCUUGAUAGCCUUCAAGUCCAAAAUUUCAAAUGAUCCUCAAGGGAUUUUGAAGUCCUGGAACAAUUCUAUCCACUUUUGCUUGUGGGCAGGCAUCACUUGCAGUCAUAGAAGAGAUAGAGUCACCAUCUUGGAUAUAUCAUCCAAGGGUUUGGUGGGUUCUUUGUCUCCUUCCAUAGGGAACUUGAGCUUUCUUCAUGAGAUUAGACUUUCAAACAACAGCUUUCAUGGGGAUAUUCCACCUGAAAUCGGACGUCUAUUCAGAUUACAGCUGCUAUAUCUGAGUUGCAAUUCCUUUGAAGGAAAGCUCCCAUCCAACUUGUCUAGUUGCUCCAACCUCGAAGUCCUCCACAUUGAUGACAACAAGUUAGCAGGAAAACUGCCAGUGGAGCUUGCUUCCAUCUCCAAGCUUACAUAUCUUUCUAUUCGUAGGAUUCCAGAUGCCCUAGGUCAAUUGAGAAGCUUAGGAAGUCUUGGACUCGGAGGAAAUAACCUCUCCGGUAAGAUCCCCCCAUCAAUCUAUAAUUUUUCUAUGCUUUCCAUUUUUUCCUUGGCUAAAAAUGAACUAGAAGGAGAUCUUCCAUGGGACAUAGGGCUCACCCUUCCUUAUCUAACAAACUUUCAAAUAUGGGGAAACUAUGUUAGGGGGCAAAUUCCAGCAACACUAUCCAAUGCUUCAAAACUAAAAAACAUUGAAAUGCAGCAAAAUAAUUUCUUUGGUAAAGUAACAGUUCCUUUUGGGCAUCUUCAACAGCUUUCAAAUUUGAAUUUGCGUGGCAAUCAUCUAGGAAGUGGUGAAUUUGAUGAAAUGAACUUUUUCAGUUCUUUGGCCAACUGUAGCAAUCCGAAAUCAUUAGGUCUUGCACGCAAUAAGUUCUCGGGAAGAUUGCCUGAUUCCAUAGCCAAUCUCUCUACCACUCUAAUGGGACUUGGCCUCGGAGGUACACUGGAUGUAUCUAAGAACAAGCUCUCUGGAAAAAUCCCUAGUAGCCUGAGUGGUUGCACCAGCCUUGAGAUCCUUAACUUGCAGGAAAACCAAUUUGAAGGCAACAUUCCUCAAACUUUAAGCCUUAUGAGAGGAAUUCGAGAAAUUGAUCUCUCUUGCAACAAUUUGACCGGUAAGAUCCCUCAAUACAUGGAAAAACUUGCAUUGGAGUAUUUGAAUCUAUCUUUCAAUAAUUUGGAAGGGAAGGUUUUAACAGAAGGCAUCUUUGCAAAUGCAAGUGCAAUGUUUGUUAGAGGAAACAAGAAACUUUGUGGGGGAAUUGCUGAACUUGGGUUGCCCAAAUGCAACAACAGACAAGGAGAGAAAGGAAAACUUUCAUCAGUGAAGAUAAUAACAAUAGUUGUCUCCAUUACAUGUGCAAUUGUAGGAGUAAUUGUUGUGUCUUUCUUCCUGUUUGGCUGGUCUAAAAGGAAAAAUAAAGACCAGUCUUCUGGAUCUUUAAUAAGGGAGCCAUUUAGGCAACUUUCUUAUGGAGCUCUCCUCAAAGUAACUAAUGGGUUUUCUUCAACAAAUUUAAUUGGCAAAGGGAGCUUUGGUUCUGUCUAUAAAGGAGUUCUUCAAGAAGAUGGAACUAAUGUUGCAGUCAAAGUGCUUGAUCUUGAGCAUCCAGGAGCUUUCAAGAGUUUCUUGGCAGAGUGUGAAGCCUUUGUUGGGUUUUUUAAAGCAAAGAAAGAAAAAAAUGGAGAGAACCGAGAGGAAGAAGAUGAGGAGCAGAGCACAUAAAAUGGAGAGGAGUAUAUCACUCCAACUCAAGAGAUAUCAUUUAUAUUUUACUACAUUUAUAGCAGAAACAAUACAAUAAAAAACAAUUUUUUUCUCACCUAACAUUUUACCCAAUACAAGAAAAUAUUAAGCAUUUAAAACAAAAGAUUACAUUCAAAGAUUUACUGCCAUUUCUUGUAGCGCAUGUGAAGCUCCAUUGUGCUGUCACUUUGCUGCUACUCUGUAAUCAUGUUGCAGCUCUCACGUCUUUCCAUUUGCUGCUACUUUGGCAGCUUGAACACCACAACUCCAACAGCCUU